AUGGCUCAAGGCAAACGCACGAAACCCACCAACAAAAAAUCCACAGCGACAGCUAGACAAGCCACCAACGCAAAGCACGCGCUGAAGAAAAAGCACCUGUCCGCGAACAAAUCGCGCAUCGAGGACCUCCGCGAACAGCUGGACAGAGACGCGCUCUCCGUACACUCCGAACUACGCGCGCUCGUGGAUCCCAGACUACCGCCUACCGUCCAACUCGCUCCAGCAGCUACAAUGGACGUAUCCCAAUCACUCUCCGAUCUCACCACGACCCUGAACAACUUAUGA